AUGAAGGUUAAGCACUGGCUGUUACUCAUAGCUGUAGCAGUAACCACAGCAAAAGCGAAAAUUACAGACAAUCGCGUGCUUCUCGAACUUGAAGAAACUCUUCUGGCUUUAAUCCCCCAACCAAGUACGCGACGACUGCUGAGUGUUGAUCUCUUUGAAGAGCAUGCUGCACGGUAUUUACUGGCUGCAGUUGAUACGAGAGAUGAUGUGAUUUCAUUGUUUCAAUUGUAUAAGAAAUUAUACCCCGAAUUGGUGACAUCAUUUGGAUCAACAGAGGCGACACAACUUACGUAUUUUGAAGAAAAUGUGUUUCCACGAAUUCAAAAGAAAGCGGAUGAGUUACUUUUGAAUUCUGGUGAUGAUAGAAAUGAGAAUACUGAUGGAAGUUUUGAUAAUGAGACUCAAACAGAAGGUGGAAAUGGUGAGAGUGACUUGACAGGUACUACGAGUGGUAAAGGAGGUUUGGGAGGAGGUACUUCGGGUGGUACUACGGGUGGUACUACGGGUGGUACAUCACUAACGGGAGAAACAUUGCCAACGGGAGGUACAUCGUCAACGGGUGGUACUUCGCCUACGGGUGGUACAUCGCCAACGAAUGCGAAUACUCCGAGCGGGAUUGGUGGUGCAAGGGGGGGGACUUCUGAUCGAACGCCCUCGAAUUCUGGUGGAAUCAACUCGGGGAGUGCUACUCCUGGUGGUACACUAACGCCGAGUGGUGUAAACACGGGCAGUACUAGUACUGGUGGCACGCUUACUCCAGCCACGUUAGACAAUGAUUUUGAACGUCUUCAUCGUUGA